AUCAAACAGCACUACAAAUACGCCACCUGCCAAGGACAGUAGCUGUUUGCAGGGCUAUAUAAGAGGGACAAGUCUGUGUUCAACCAAACUGCAACCAAACGUAUACCGUCACUCUACAGAGACAUCAUGAGAACCACUGCAGCCGUCCUAUUGGUCCUCUGUCUUCUGACCAUCAGUCAUGCCUGGGACUGUCAGGAAAUAGUGGCUAUCAAGAAUCUGAUGCAGAUCGAUGCAGGACUGGGGCAAGUGGUUGCUACGGACACAAGUCAAACCCCCUACUACCUGGUAGGUAAUGAAUGGAUCCGCCUGCCUGGUUCCCUGAGGCAUAUCACUGUAGGACCAACAGGGAUCUGGGGUGUCAGCAACGGAAACCUCAUGUUCAAGUAUGUGGCCGGUAACUGGGUUCAAUUUGCAACCGGUGUAAAUCAGCUGGAUGCUGGGGAGGACCAGUUUGUUGUGGUGGCCAACAUGGACUAUGUUCCAGGGUGUCUUUCAAGAAGUGCCUCACUUGGCUUCAUGGGUGCUGACUCAUCCCUUCGAGGGAUAAGGUUGCCAGGAGCUGUGAAGUAUUCUAGUUGCGGACAUUUUGGGUGCUGGGCAGUCAACAAGAAUGAUGAUAUCUACUUAAUGAGUUUGAAUCAAGACUGCCAAAACAACGGGUGGAGACACAUUGAUGGCAAGCUUUCCAUGAUUGAGGUGGCAACUGAUGGUAGUGUCUUUGGGGUCAACUCUGCAGGCCAAGUUUAUACCAGAGACGGCAUCACGGCCAGUAAACCAGAGGGCACUGGAUGGAGCAAUGUCCCAAUGUACAUGCCAAUGAAGCACGUGACCUACGAUCUGGGCCGUCUUUGGGUCAUCUCCAAUUCUGGCUUCACCAUGGUGUGCACACAUUAGCCUCUCCUCUGCAUCUGAAGGACGUUCGGGAUCUGACAAGCUCACUUGCUAACUCAUUGAUCUCUCUGUCUGGAACAAUCUCAAUUCUCAACAUUAAUUCACAAGAAUCCUUCAUUCUAAUACCUAUUGCUCUAACUAUAUUUUCAGUACUUUAUCUCUAUCAAUAGUAAACACUGAUCUUAAUGAUAUUAUAAAGAAUUUAUCAAUGAUGUUUUCUUACACAAUUUGACAAGCAACAGCGUUAUAAAAGUGUAUUAUUGAUUAACACUUCAAUUGAAUUUUGCCAUGGCUGCUAUUUGAGCGUAGUGUAAACUUGGCCACGGUCACAAUCCACAUGGGUUUUGCUGUGCUUCAGAGGUCAUCAAUAGGAUUGAAUGGAAUCCUUGUCAUUAUCUCAUUAUAUAAUAUUUUCCCGCAAAUAAAGCAUCAAUUUUGAAAAUAAUUUGUGUUUUUUUUAAUCAUAUUGAAC